AUGUCAUCCUCGUCAUCACCAAUAAUGUCAUCUAUGAUGUCAUCACCAUCAUUACUUCCACAAUGUUUGGUACUUUCAAGUCCAACAUCAACCUCAAACAACAACAUCACAAUCAAACAAUCCAAGCGUGAUAAACGCCCAAAUAGAAAGAGAGUGUCCUGUGGAUUCCAUCACAAGCGUCAUCAAGCCUGUCCAGAGAACUGUGAGGGCCGCGUCAGCCAUCCACCCGAGUCACACAAACCAAUUCAAGACAAGUUCACCGUUGGCUGCACCGAGUGCAAGGCCCACUUCAACAAGCAACAACCACAACUUCAUCUGCCAUACCCUCCAACCAAGUCAAUCACAUCCUCUUCCUCUUCACAACAAUCACAACAAACAUCAAUGCUUCACCUUGGAAGGUCCAGCAGUAUUACAUCAUUGGAGAGCAAGGUCAGGAACGCCCGUUUCGUGCUGCCCGAGUUGCUCGAGUCCAAGCACACAACCAGUGACGAUUCAUCGUCACCAUCGAGCUCGCGUCCCAUCUCGCCAUUGUCCUCCUCUGAUGAAGUACCAACCUUUUCACAAUCCCAAGCACAAAGAAACAUCAGUCUCAAUCUGAUGUCCGUCCAGAGCCGGUUGGAGCAUGACCAGAACAAGAACAAGAGGAAGAGAAAGUCGAUGGAGCCGCCUUCAUCCCCAGAGUUCUACUCUGACGACAGUGCCAACAGUUCACCAAUCAACUCCAUUGUACCAAGUCCAUCCAUGUCACCAGAGAGCACACCACGCAUGACAGUAUCGAGCCCACUACAACAAUCGGCUUCGUACUCUGCGUCAUCAGUCAUCGACUCGUCGCUGUUGCUCUGCCUGGAGCAAGAGGUCGAGAAGGAGAUCUUCUCACACAAUGAACAAGAGCUCGUCAACAAGAAGCGCCUGCAGCAAGAGGAGCUUGACAAAGUCACCCGCCAACAGCGCUUGCUGGACCUCCAGAAGGACCAGCAGCGCGAGGAUGCCAAGCGUCUGAAGCGUCGCCAAGAGGAGCUGGAGCAGUGGCGCAUCACCCUGGACCAGAAGGAGAAGGAACUGGAGACCCGAGAGGACAGCCUGUCACGUCGCAGCGACCUCUUCAGCAUUUCAAACAAGCAAUAUCAAACCUCCACAUCCUUCUCCCGUUUGCCCAAGCUGCAGAUCAGUUCCAACCUGCUGUCCCACGUGUCCAACGAACUCCUCAACUCUGAUCCCAUCACACCAGCCACACCCAUGAGCCAGCCCUUCAAGCUGAACAGUCUCUCCAUAUCCAUGGAUCGAUCGCCCAUUGUCCCAGACACCUCUGAUAAAUUCCCAAUGUCAUUUACACAUCUGUUGAACUCUCAGAGCAGCAAUUGA